AUGGCCAAUCUCAAUGGCGCCGGAAGGACCACGUCCAGCCCCGGGUUUAGCCGACGGUUCGACAGGCGCGACCUGCUUAACACCAGCCGUGAUGGCAACACAGCUCCACCUAUCAACAGUGUGCGGGACUCGACAGCCUACCCAGACACUCGACGGAGUUCAGGAGUGGCCAAGCCCAUCAAGACAUUUCAUGCGACACAAAAGCCGUGGCGUCAAGAGAAAAUCACGGUGCCGCCCAAAAGCGAGCCCUUAAUACCCGAAACAUACAUGAGUGCAGCUAACCAGCGAUGGGCAGCCGUGUCGCUGUUUCUGCUGUUUCUGGCGUCCAAAAUCACAUAUCUGCUGACGCCGGUGUCGCCAGGAGAGCAAUUUGGACUGCUAUUCAAAUUCUUUGCAUUGGAUCUAGUCCUGCUGUGGACUCUUCCACUUUUCCGGAUCCCCUGGCUCACGUUUGGCCCCGUGGUGACCACUCUGCUGUCCUUUGCAUUCCUGGGAUUCGACAUGGGCAUUGUCUACUACCGAGAGGGUCUUGUUUUUGCGCUGGGACUCGGUUCGGCCGUUUGGAGAACGGUCAAUGACAAGGAGCUGUCCUUUUCUGGCCUCAAGAUCAAGGUGGCGUCUCUUCAGGAUGCCUCUAGUCAUCUGAUUGGAGAACACAUUGUCCAGAUUCUGCCCAAGAGCACUGCGCUGAUCAAUCCCAUGGAUCAGCCUUUUUGUCUCACUGGUGACAGUGCUCAGACCAUUACAAUUCCUGUGCGUCUCAACGCCACCGGUCUUUCUUCUCUCGAACUCAAGUACAUUGAUUUCGACAACCUCGAGGAAAAGUCGUUCAAUUUCACAAAGAACCAGCUCGUUAAGUUCCGAGGCCGGUCCGACUACGUGCGGUCUCUGGACUACAAGUUGAAGGACGCCGAUAAGAAGAAGUUGUUCUACGUCGAGCUUCCGGUUGACAAGACCGGCCUGUAUCGACUUGGAAAAGUAGUUGAUGACUCAAACAAUGCUGUUCGAACCUACAUGAAGGACGUGAUCGUUGGAGCUUGUCCGGGCGCCAAGUUACGACAAAGCAACGACUCUCUACAUUUGGGAUCCAACAGAUGUAUUGGCGGCACUGAGCAGCCUAACCUUGUGGUUACCGGAGUACCUCCUCUUCGAAUCAAGUACUCAAAGGAGGUGGAGGGUCAGUCCUCUGUGUUUUCCGUGCAGUCCGUUCAGCCCCGUCAUUUCGUCUCUCCCAUAGCCAGUGGCGAUGUCAACAGAUAUGUGUGGAAAAGCGGAGCUGAUCUCAGCUGGGCUGUUCCCCAUGAAGUGCCCAUCCAUCUCGACGCCAGACUCAGCCAGACCGGAAAGUGGGUCUACACAGUGGAUGAGGUGGAAGAUGGACUGGGAAAUAUCAUCAACUACACUGCUAUUGCCAAGGGCAAGGACGAGGAGUGGCGAACCCGACGCCAGCUCACCCACGAGUUCUUUGUCCAUCCUCGACCCCAGGUUUCAUUCCGAACCUGUUCUGCUGAAAAACGAGCCCGUCUGGCCGGUGACCAUGUAUCACUCGACCUCAAGGUCCAGGCCGAGGAAGAUCUGGUUCUCACCAUCAAACACACAGACGAGUACGGCAAGUCCGAAGUAUUUAACGCCACGGUUCCUCGAGGCCAGCAGUCAAUUCCAGUCUCCAAGGCCGGUAUCUACGAGCUGGAGGCUGUCCAAGGCAAGUACUGUGCUGGUGAUAUCGUCGAGUCAUCCGAGUGCCACGUUUACGUGCCUCCCAAGCCGUCUCUUUCCGUCGAGUUCACCGAUAUUCAGGACCAAUGUGCUGGCCCUGUGGGAGCUACUGCCGAGCUGGCCUUCACCGGUCAGCCUCCUUUCCAUGCUGUCUACCGAACCGUGCGGGACGGACAAGUGAUUGACACGCAGAAGAUCACCACCCAUAGACUGCGACACCAGCUCAAGUUCAAGCCCCAGUCCGCUGGUACCUACACUUAUGAGAUUGUGUCGUUCAGUGACGCCAUUUACAAGCAGCCCCAGGACACGUCUUUCACCAAGAAACAGACCAUUCGAGUGCUUGCCGGUGCCUUAUUUGAUAAGAGUAUUGCUCGGCAGCGGUUUGUUUGCUCUGGCGAGUCUGUAGAUCUGCCUGUCACUCUACGAGGCGUCCCUCCGUUCACUCUGGAGUACGAGAUUGUUCACGGUUCGUCUCGACGAGUUCCCCACACAAUCAAGGAUAUCAAGGACCAGAAGCACGUGAUUUCCACGUCUGGUUUGUCGCAGGGAGGUCAGUACACCAUUUCUCUAGUGGCCGUCACCGACUCCCAUGGAUGCAGAUCUCUGCUGGACGAGCAGGAUAUCCGCGUUGAGGUGCGUCGACAGCGUCCUUCGGCCGGCUUCCUGCCCAUUUCCGGCGACUACGACGUGGCUGUGCCCCAAGGCUCCCCCGUCAAGCUGCCUGUUACUCUCAACGGUGAUGGGCCAUGGAAUCUCGAAUACGAGUACAUUGAGGGAGAGAAGCGAGAACGACAUAGGGUGCAGGUUGGAGAUGCCAACGGCUUUUUCACUGUUUCUCGGCCUGGUCACUACCGACUUGUGUCUGUUCGAGAUGCUCAUUGUCCUGGAGAGAUCACCCAUGACGCUAUCUUCUCUCUUACUUGGAUUGCUCGACCUGCCGUCAAGAUUGUCAAGGCUGGCAACACCGAGGCUAAGGAUGGCGUUCUCUCUCGAGCUCCUAUUUGUGAGGGUGAUCAGGACUCUGUUGAGAUUGCUCUCGAGGGUUCUCCGCCCUUCACUGUCCUCUAUCGAGUGACUGGACCUGGAGGGAAGACCAAGGACCAUGAGAUCCAGGUGGCCACUCCCUUUGCCAACGUGCGAGUCGAGACAAACGCCCCCGGUGAGUACGAGUACUUCUUCAUGGGUGUCUUGGACUCCAACUACUACGACCGAAAGUGGCUGGCUGAUGUCGGCGCUGGAGAUGAUGUGGCCUUCUCUGACUCCAGGCUGCGACAGCUGGUCAAGGCUCGACCCACCGCCAAGUUUGUGGACAAGGGACGCGUUUACCGAGCUUGUCAGGGUAUUGCUGACUCUGCUGACGGCAUCCCCAUCAAGCUGACUGGCGAGGCCCCCUUCUCUCUCACUGUUUCCAUUCGAGUCGACUCUUCCGGACACACCGAGAAGGUGACCUACAACAAUGUAGGCGCCGACUUUGAGCUCAAGAGCCAGUUGUACUCGCGCCUGGGUCUGGGUAAGCAUACUGUGCAGAUCUACCAGGUGGUUGAUGCUCGAGGAUGUCGACAGUCUAACUUUGGAGCCGACCAGCGGGUCACCGUGCACGUUGCGGACACUCCUACCAUUACUGCUGUUGAGGAGCGAACAGACUUUUGUGUGGGCGAGCGAAUCUCGUACUCGCUUACUGGUAUUCCUCCGUUUGACGUCACCUACGAUUUCAACGGCAAUGUGCGAGAGUCGACCUCUGGCACUCUGUUCCGACGACUGGCUGCCGAGCCCGGUAACCUUACAAUUAAGGCCAUUUCUGACACUGCUUCCAGUUGUCGAAUUGAGCUGGAGGGAGCCAAGCAGCUGCCCAAGCGAAUCCACCCCAUUCCUACUGCCCGUGUGGAGGAGGGCACGUCGCUCAUUUUCGACGAGAAUGGAGCUGAGAAGGCUGAGAUCCACUUCCACUUGCAAGGCACCCCUCCCUUCCAGCUUCAGUACACCCGAAGUGAGAUGAUUUCCGGCAAGGAGGUGGUGGUGGAAACACACACUGUGGGCAGCAUCAAGACCCACACUUACACCAUCUGGACUGGUCUGCAGGGUAUCUACCGGCCCAUUGUGGUGUCCGACUUUUACUGCACCACCGCCGGUGAGCGGGCCUCUCAUUAG